AUGGAAAACCCAGUGACGGCACACAUUGCUGAAAUUGACAAUAUGGUGGAUUAUGGCAUCACUGAUGUCGAGAAAUCAUGUGAUAAAAUUGAAGAAGCUGUGAGCGAAGUCGCAAAACGUUUGGGUGUACCAAUAACGAGUGCUGAAAUUCUCGCAUCGGAAAAAAAAAUACGGGAAUUGGCAGAGAAGACAUUUUCCGAAAUAGAAACAGGUUUUGGGAGUGACCACACAAAAAAGCGUAUCAUCGACAUUCCUCACUUGGACUUAAGUGUCGAAGCGCUUGAAAACAUUGAGAAAAGGUUUGCUUUGAAACACGUGAAGCCGCCAACAGUGGUGGAAGUGAACUACGACAGACCAGUCACGUCGCCCUUGACUUUUGACUCGGACGACACAAAACAGAUUUGGCAGUUUCAAAUGCCGACACUACGAAACUGCCCAACAUAUGAUGAGAUCAUAUUUAAUAAUGUACAUGAUAGAAAUGGGCUCAUAAAGACACUCGAAACGUUGAAAACUGAAAUGCAAAUAUCAGUGAGCAUCAAAACAGACUCUUCGAACAAUUACAGAGGAUACGUCUCUUUCAUUUUCUUGUCGAACGAAAAAACGGUGUUUGGUAUCGACUGCCUUGCCGUCCGGAAAGACAUUGAAAUCGUCCGCCCCCUUUUCGAGUCAACAGAUAUUGAAAAAGUUACCUUUUCGGGAUACGGGGUUCGAGCACUGUACUUUCAAUUUGGAAUUAUCUCGAACAACGUUAUUUGUCUUGAAGUGGCUUGUCAGAUGACAAACGUGGCGCUGAACGCAGGCGAAGCGUUUCGGCUUGUGGGACAUGAACCUCAAGAGUGCAAAGAGUGGCUCACACGACCUCUCUCAACAUACGUUAUUUGUCGGUGCGCUUAUGACACAGUUUGUAUGUUGCCUAUCGUCGACUACGUGCGACGAGCCGCACUUCAAAUGAGAACGUUGCAGAACGUUUUCAUGGAAUCUGAAAACGAGUGUCUGCCAAAGGGAAGAACGGCUGAACUGAAAAGAAUUAUUUCCAAACAUUCGUUCCACAAAAAAAUGUCGCAAGCAGAAACGCAAGCCUUUACAAACCUGUGUUUUUGGAGAGAGGAAGUGGCCCGCAAAGAAGACGUGACGGUUAACGAAAUUGUCCCAACUUCAAGUCUCGAACAAAUUGUUUUAACUGGCGCGUCGACUUUGGACCAAAUAGCAGAUGCUUUGCCAAAUGACGGGAUGGCGUUGUUAUAUGGUAGCGAGAUUUUGAAAGUGUUUAAACGGUUUGGGUUCCGAUACACCUCGGUGAAACAGCAUUAUUGGCUGCCAGUUGAGGGGAUUGCGCCAAAAGACACAGAAAACCUCGUCUUCAAGCACUCGGAGUGGAAGGAACGCGAAAAGGCGAUCGAAAGUGAGAAAUCGUCUGUUGAUGUUUUGCAAACACUUGAGAACCGAGACUUUGAAAAGGAACUCAUCAGACAACUUUUGUUACCCCACACCAACAGCGAUGACUCGGAAGAGGAGGAGAAGGUGGAGUGCAAGAAGGAAGAUAAAAACAUCCCUGGCUCUCUCAAAGAGAUCUUCACCUGGUCAAGACUUUGCAAGAGGACGAACAAGAAGAAACAAGUCAAGUGA